GCAAACGCGAGUGCCAGUGCGGACGAUACAGACGGUGUGUGAGCAAGUUUAUCGAGAGGAAGAGAGAAAGAUGAAAAAAAUAAGGGAGAACGUGUGGCGAUCCUACUAGAUUUUUAGUAAACUGUCAGUCGAAACUUCCGCUCUUUCUCUAUGGAUUGUGUGAAAGUAGUGAUUCGUGAGUGACGUGUCUGCCAAGCUCGCUACAUCUCAAUCGGCAUCUUUGCGCUUCUUUUCUGGCCAUUCUUUCGUUUCGUCGGAACGGUCUCGUACUCUGAUACUCUCGUUAGCUCGCAGUCGGUCGGGGUUAUAUGCAUACGUCGUGCGUGCUCAACGAAUUGUGUGUCCUCUCACGUGAACGACGAUAACGGCGAGUUUUACGAAAAGUUGACGGCGCUGGCAAUGUUAACGGUGACAAUGCGACAACUGACGUUUCGUUUCUGAUCGACUGUGUCGCGUGUGUAUACCACCAGUUGCGUGUACGUUGCGUAACUACGAUUUUACGACAGCUACCUCGUCGUCGUCAGUUUAAAUACAAGUUCAACACUGUUGGACAUCUUAUUUCAACUCUUAUUAACGACAAUUAAUCAACGUCAACAAAGGAUAGAUAAGAAAAAGUUGAAGAUAAAAACCGAGCGGAGAGCGGAAUAUUGUUUGAAAAUGGCGGCAGGGACGUGUCAAUCGGCCUGAGGAAAAAUUAAAACAGACACAAGUUGAAACGAAUUGCAAGGCGUUUUUGUUCGUUUGUUCAAUAGACAGGAUGGUUCUGGUAGUAAACGGGGUCCUGCAGGAGGACAUCCCAGCGGACAGCAGAUCGUUGUACGCGGCCCAUCCUGUAUAUCGUGAAACCGCGGCACAACUUCAUUCGAUGCCUGCGAAAUUGGUGGGUCCGAUGGGCCUCCUUUAUGUUCGCCAACGGGAAAUGGCUGCAACUUUACCACAUGAUAAAAAUGUAAGCAUAAUCGGCUCGGAUGAUAUGACUACCUGCAUAAUUGUCGUUGUGAGGCAUUCCGGUUCGGGUGCUGCGGCAUUGGCGCAUCUCGAUGGAGCUGGAACAGAAGAUGCGGCGGCAGCAAUGAUCCAAAGGGUAACCGAACUCGCCCUUGGUUUCCCGGAGGGUCGCUUAGAAUUGCAGCUCGUUGGCGGCUAUUCUGAUCCAAGAAAUUAUUCCGAAGAACUCUUCUAUAAUAUUCUUUCGGCGUUUCACAAGCAACCGGUGGAGAUAGAUCUAACUUUGUGUUGUGUAGGCGAGUUGAAUACUACCGUGAGAGGUGGCAUUCAUUGGCCGGUGAUAUAUGGUAUCGGUUUAAAUGUGAAGACGGGCGAAAUUUUCCCAGCAACCUUCCCUGACAAGGGGCCGGACCAGGCGUUAAGAUGCGCAAGACAUUUAACGGGAGGCCAACAGGUUCUAGACGUCUACGACUGUACGCUUGGACUACUUAGAAUCGGGCCGUUCAACUAUGAUCCUCUCAGAGGAGUCGAUCUUUGGUUAGCUCAGUCGGAUCAGUUUAUCUUACAACAUCUUUCAACUUCGCCGGAAGUGGAACUUCCACACUUUGUGUCACAGGUUCGGGCAACGCUCAAGUAUAUACAAGACAAUCAAUUCCCGGCUGUUACCGUAUUUCGGGAUAAUAGACCUCAUUACUAUCGUCGAGAUGAAACGACCGGCGUGUGGCAACCUAUACGAUAUUAAUAUUGACACAUGCUUUGAUACGAAAUGAAACUAAUGCCAGCAUGUCGCGAAACGUUUUUGACAACAAUGAAUAUUUAAAAAUAGAAUGACGAAUCAGGCAGAAAUCAUCGAUUAAUAAAAUGAACGUAUCAUUUUCAUUGAUUUAUGUCUUACAUUUUAUCUUAUUUAAUGCUUGGUUCGUGAAAUAUUUUCUUUGGUGCUUACUACUAUAUUCUCGAAGCCAGGGAUAUCGUUCAAUGCCGUUAUAUUGAUACGCUUGACUCUGCCCACGCAUUGUAGCACAAGUUUUUAUUGAGUUGUAAUUUUAUCUCAAUUUUCAAUUAUUAAUACAUUUAAUGAUACACUAUGAUAAAUUCGACGGUAUUCGCAAUUUAAGAAAGGUCACAAUGAAUGAAGAUGGUGAUUAAAUCGAUUUUUGUUAGGAUGUCGAACGAUUGCUAUUAGGAGGAAGAGCAAGAGAAGUUUCGUACUUCCCUAUGGUUGUUGACUUUUAAUUUCUAUCUUUUUUUCUAAGAAAUUUUUAUAUUACUUAUAAGAUGUAAACUUUGAUUUUAAUUACGUACGUUAAUUAAUGUUUCGGAUAAAUUUGUUUUGAAAUUUCUUCGGAUUUUUAUUAAAAUUUAAUUUAGCGAUAGUAUUUUAUCCUUGAUUCGGAAAGAAAAAUGUGCUAUUGAAUUUCGAUGAUUCCGAAACGAUUUCCUUAUAAUUAUGGCUUGUAUGUGAUCUAUCUAUAUGAGGCUAUGUAAUUUUUCCGUCAAUAUAACGAAAACAAGAUUGAACAUUCCGUACUUGCCAUAAAUGAAAACGAAACUAGAGAAAUCGGUUGUAAAUAAUAAUAUCGAGAUUACACAUGAGUUUUGCACAAAACAGGAAGCUUUGUUAGAAAAAAUAAACUAAAGCAAACAAAAAAAA